AUGCAUUUAGUUGCACCAUUAGACAAACAUUUCCUUUUACUCUAUGCUAUUCUAAAGGAGCACAUUGCAGAUGAUGUUGACUACAAGGUUCUUAUUUUCUGCACAACCGCUAUGGUCACAAGACUUGUUGCUGAUCUCCUUGGGGAGUUGAACUUGAAUGUGAGAGAAAUCCAUUCAAGAAAGCCUCAGAGUUAUAGAACCAGAGUUUCUGAUGAAUUCCGGAAGUCAAAGGGUCUCAUCUUGGUUACUUCGGAUGUAUCUGCACGUGGAGUUGAUUAUCCAGAUGUUACUCUUGUUGUACAGGUUGGUCUACCGGCUGAUAGAGAACAAUAUAUACAUCGACUAGGUAGAACGGGGCGAAGAGGAAAAGAAGGGCAGGGCAUACUGCUACUAGCUCCUUGGGAAGAGUUCUUUUUAGCUACUGCAAAAGAUUUACCUAUUGGGAAAGCUCCGGUCCCUUCAGUUGAUCCUGACACUAAGAAAAAGGUGGAAAGGGCUCUAUCCAAUGUGGAGAUGAAAAAUAAAGAAGCAGCAUAUCAGGCAUGGCUUGGUUACUACAACUCUAACAAGAAAGUGGGGAAAGAUAAGUAUAGGUUAGUGGAGCUUGCAAAUGAGUUCAGUCGAUGCAUGGGGCUUGAUAGCCCUCCAGCUAUUCCUAAGCUUGUCCUUGGCAAGAUGGGUCUUAAAAAUAUCCCUGGUUUACGUUCCAAAUAGGUUUCCAUUCAAUUUCUGAUAACAGUCUUGUGAAAGAGAGAAAUGUUCUUGAAUUGAAAUGCCCCCACUUAUAGUUUGAUUUUAAGACUUGAAACUUCUAAAUUUCAACUAUCAUAGUAAUUUUUUCUGUA